AUGCAGGAGGGACCCUUGCUUCUGAGUAGACACGCCGAGCGAGCUCGAAGGCUCAUUGGAAGGCGUUUCCUGCGCCACCGGGCGCUCCAGCGUUUGCCUGCUGACCCGUGUUCUCUGUGUGCGCUUCUGCUGAUCCCGUUUUCUUCUCUCCUCCCGUUCCUCUUCCUCCUGCUGCAACUGCCCCCUUCUCCCUCCCCCUUUGCCCCGUCUCUUUCCCACCUUGACAACCACUCUUCUUAUAGGGAGAGGAUAGUGGUUAGAGCUGAAGCUGGAUGGAUGGUUAUGGGGAAAGGGGCAAGCGCCAAAGCCCUUGGACUGAUCCAGUUCCUCUUUGCCUGUCUCUGCAUCUUCCCGGCAGCGAUGUCUCCAUGCAAGAUCAUGAAGUGCAACUCUGAAUUUUUGGCUGCCACAUCGGGGACACAGCCUCCAGGCCCCGAGGAAGCUCCUGAGUUCUGCACUGCCCUGCGUGCCUAUGCCCUCUGCACCCACCACACGGCUCGCACCUGCCGGGGAGACCUCUUCUACCACUCUGCAGUCCACGGCAUCGAUGAUCUCAUGACCCAACACAACUGCUCCAAAGAUGGGCCCACCUCCCAGCCCCGCCUCCCCCCGCUGCCCCGGGGUGACAGCCAGGAGCGUUCUGACAGCCCCGAGAGCUGCCAUUAUGAACGUAGCUUCCACAAACAUUCCUUGCGUCCCAACUACACCCACUGCGGGCUGUUUGGGGACCCGCACCUGCGGACGUUUUCGGACAGCUUCCAGACGUGCAAAGUCCAGGGUGCCUGGCCGCUCAUUGACAACAACUACCUGAAUGUGCAGGUCACCAACACCCCCGUCUUGCCUGGCUCCCUGGCAACAGCCACCACCAAGCUCACUAUCAUUUUCAAGAGCUUCCAGGAGUGUGUGGAUCAAAAGGUGUACCAGGCAGAGAUGGAUGAACUCCCAGCAGCCUUUGCUGAUGGCUCCAAGAAUGGUGGUGACAAGCAUGGUGCCAACAGCCUGAAGAUCACUGAGAAGGUGUCUGGCCAACACAUUGAGAUUCAGGCCAAAUACAUUGGCACCACCAUUGUGGUGAGGCAAGUUGGCCGCUAUCUCACCUUUGCCGUCCGGAUGCCAGAGGAAGUAGUAAAAGCUGUGGAGGAUGGAGACAACCAGGGCCUCUAUCUCUGUCUCCGGGGUUGUCCACUCAACCAGCAGAUAGACUUCCAUGCCUUCCAUUCCACUUCAAAGGCUACUGAAAACCGCCCUCACCGGAAGGGCUCAAACCCACCUUCUUCGCCAGAGGCGUUCACCUAUGAGACAGCCACAGCCAAAUGCAAAGCGAAACUUCCAGUAGAGGACUUGUACUUCCAGUCCUGUGUCUUUGACCUCUUGACUACAGGUGAUGUCAACUUUACCCUUGCUGCUUAUUAUGCUUUUGAAGACGUCAAGAUGCUCCACUCCAACAAAGACAAGCUUCAUCUGUUUGAAAGGACACGAGACUUGGAGUCAGGCAAUAUGGCCACCUUGGAGCCUUCCAUGGCUCUGUUUCUUUCACUCUUGGCAUUCCUGUGCUUGAAUCAAAGUCCAGCCCUUUUCUUAUAGACUUGCAUAGACACACCUGGUUGAGCCAGGAAACCGAGAAACAAAAUUAUGGCUUGGGGUAGUUGUGAGAGGAGCUUGUGUGUAUUGACCCAGGUAUGUCCAGAAAACAACACUUUGAAUGAGUUUGGAUCUUCCUGCCAACAAAGCUUUCUCCACGUGGAAGAAUUUUCAGGAGACUAGAGGUCACAUGAAACACUUCCUCCUCCAGUUGCUACGGAUGAUGGAAAGCUCUUCCUUCUCACCUUCCCUUGAAUACCCUUUUCACUGGACUACAAGUGGUUGUGGCAGACAUGACAAUGGCAUUUGUAUAAUAGUGUUUGGAGAGGCAACCAGAAUUGUGGCUUCUGGAAAUAAGUUUAUAACUGUACAAAUAGCGGCUUGGGAACAACAGAAGACCGCUCAAAUAGUCCCUAAGUAGGCCAGACGUGGGUGGAGUCUCACUGCCUUGCGGUCUGCCUUUCAUCCUGCUCAUGAGAAAUUGGUUCAGGUGGCUGCAUCUUUGUGCACGGGAGCCUGCCUGGGCAUGCCUCUAUCCAAUCUGGCUUGGGCAGCUGCUGGCAGCUGCUGUUGGGUGGGUGGGUGUAGCAGGUGUACGGUAUUUCCCUCCGCUUCCAGAGGGACAGUUCGUGUGAACCAAUUUGCAAGGUUUCGAUUCUGUCACUUGCCUCCUCUGGGCAGACAGCACCCCUACAAACUCAUUUCCUUCCCCAGCCACUCCAUUUUGGUCUUCUUCAUAGGAAAUGGCUUCAUUUCACUUCAGCAGAGAAUGAACUGGGAGGGAGUGGGUGCUUUGACCUGCAUUCAGGGGCAACGUGAGCAGAUUGGGUUCCUGUCCAAAUCUUCAGCAUGAUUCAAGAACCAUGGCUCUUGCCCCUUUUUCAGACUCGUUGUCCACUCCUGUUCUGGUACUUAGGAGAAUAAGCUAGGGAACUAGGCCAGUAUUACUCCAGCCCGUGCCACUUCUAGGUGCAAAGCUUCUGGUUUACAUAAUUGCCAAGUCUUUCAUUCUGGAAAACAAACCAUGCCAAUCUAUAGGAGCAUUGGGACAUCUUUUUCAAUGGCACAGGGUGUCUGUUUUCAGAUUGCAGCUGCACCUUAUUCCUGAUGGGUUGUUCCUGCUGCUGCAGUGGGCAUGAUGAGCUGUUCCAGUCACUCUCCUGCUGAGAAGGCUGCCUGCUGAGUUGGUUGCAUUACCAUUCUGGUCUUGUGUUACCAUCAGGAGGCUCACUACAGAUUGAUCAGCAAUUUACACAAAAAAAUGGGGUGUGCAUUUCCUGGAAGGUGGGUAGGUCUUCCAGUUGCAUGCUCCAAAUGAGCCCCUUUGGGGAACUGAAAAUAAACAGUGUCAUUAUUUUGUUUUAGGGAUAAAGGCA